AUGGAGUGGAAUCCGGAGAGGAGGAAAAGAAGCUCCGUGAGUGGCAGCAGCUGGGGCAACUCGAGCUGGAUGAGAUUCCAGUAAGUUUCCUUGCUUUGUUUUUCCUUGAGCUUCCUGGUGUGGCCUCUGGCUGAGUGGCUUGCAAAACUUUGUACAGACAUUUUACAGGAAAUGCUUGCUGGCAUACUGUUCAACUCCUGCUUGAACUCUCCCUGCUUCUUUCCUUGAUAUUUAAGUACUCCAUCCUUUUUUGCUCUCCUUGCUCUGGAUCGCUUUGGUACCGUAAACAAGCGAUUCUGCAAGGGCGCAGAGCUCUUCAUUCAGUUUAUAGAGCAGUUUGUAAAAUGACGAGCGCAUAGGCAGGCAGGGUUAACAGGCGCAACUUGCUAUACAAGGGUUUGGCAUCGCCCAAAUUCCUUCCACCCUGUUCUCUUGAAUUGGAGACUGGUAUUUCUCGGUUGCCUUUGCACCUCCCUCCCUCUGGUCUCUUCCUCCCCACUCACUCCCUAGCCGUAAUGAAGACUGCAAGCCCUUCUAGGCACGAACCUCUUAGGGUGAGAUGCAAGGGUACUCAGUGCUAUAUAGUUAAUAUUAUUAUGCAACUUAUUGUACUCUGUUUUUAUACGUGUUGUAAGCUGCCCAGAUGGGCGGGGUAUAUUAUUAUUAUUAUUAUUAUUAUUAUUAUUAUUAUUAUUAUUACUAUUACUGUUACUAUUAUUAUUAACUAUAUUGGAGCCUGGAGUUUAAGGGUUAAUAAAGCGAGGUCUCAGACCUCCAACUACCCCAUCUCCGUUCAGUUCUAGGAGUCGCUUUUGUGCAACGCAGUUUCAGCAAAAGCUUCCCCAAGUGUAUGCAAAACUACAAAAUGCCUCCGCCCUCCAAACACAUAUUGGGACUUUGUGAUGACUACGCGCAGGGGUGCCAACUUGAAUAAAACAUUGGGGUUGGGGCACAUAAUCGAUCACACGCACACUAUCUGAAUGGCAAUGCCCAUCAACUUGGGAGCGUCUGUCUCCCUCAAAUAUUUUAAUAGAGGUGGGGGGAGGGACCUGGGUCCCUAGGAGUUGGCUCCUAUGACAGCGGAAGUGGCUCCGACGUCGAGGCUGGACGAAGCCCCUUUUGAUGAACUUUGCAAGGAGCAGAGACGGGGGGGAGCAGUGGAGAAAGGAGAAGCGGCGCGGGGGAGGAGGAGUUGUUGCUCUGUGUUAUUGUUUUACAAACGCGGACAAAGAUUCUGGGGUUCACGUCCGCUUUGAAAAUCUCACCAGUUGGUCGCUACCCGCCCCCGCCCCCGCCUCAUCCCCGAUGGGGAGAUUGCACUCUGCACGUGCUCUGGAGCGCGCGCACCGCAGCAGCUGAGCAGCGAGGCCGGCGAGCAACCUCUGGGCGGCUGACGGCGGCCUGCCACUCGCGUCCCCUAAGCGGCGCCCGGCCACCUCCGCCUCGGAAGAGCCGGGCGCCGCCGGGCCCGCAUGCGCCGCCCCCGCCGCCGCCGCGCCUUGUGGGCUGGAGCCGCCGGUGCUCCUCCUCCCGCCUUCCUCGUCGUCUCCGCCUUUUUCUUCCGCUGCUCUCGCUGCUGCUGCUGCCGGCCAUCGCCGCGGCUGAGGACCCGGGAGCCGCUGCUGCAGGUACCGCCCGCGUCCCCAGCGCCCCUUCCACCCGCGGGACCCCGAUCCGACCCUCCGGCCGGCUGCCCUCGCAGGAUGAGGCCCCCCUCCCUCUCCCCGGGUCCGGUUGCCGUGGAAACGAGCCCGCCCCUUGCAAGGUUGGCCUCGCCUGCCUCUCCGGCGAGGUGGUCGCCAUGGAGACCCCGUGGUCUCCCUGCCUUCGGGGCAGCCCGGGGACACAGGCCCUUUCUCAGCGCAUCCACAUCCCUCUUUCCCUUGCCUUCCUUCAUCCCCCCUUCCUCUUCUCAUCACCAUAGUAACCAGCCCAUGCCAUCACCCCCAAAACGUCGCUUCUCCCUUCGCAUCUCCCCCCACGUAAUAGGGAAUUAAUUCUCCUCCCAUCAAAAAUGCUUACGGGAUUAUUCCGCUCCUCCAGCAAAUCAGGCUGUCAUUGCUUCUCAUCCCCGUGAUAUCAUACCGCAUCGUGAGCCCGUUCUUCCCUUUUUCGUCACCCCCUCCCCCAAAUCAGAAAUUAGGCCCCUUUUGAGGAAAGACCCAGCAAAAAUUGCCCACUGCAAAGUCCAGUUGUCGCAGAUGAUGCUGGUGCAUAUCCCCCUGUGACCUUCCUCAUUUCGGGGGAGCGUGUAGUGGGAUAUUAGAGACCAGAUGGCACCGUGCAAAAGACUGGAUUUGGCUUAGGGUUCACACUUAUCUAUCUCGUAUGGAUGCUCUAAUGCAGGCAUGGCCAAUUUCUUAAGCUAUGGGGACUGGGCCCCUUUUGCAAAGCCACUGUAGGGGAGGGGCACUCCUCCCUGGGAAGAACUGCCAAGAAUUAUUAAGGUAAUAAUCUGCAGAGGGGGCAGAUGAGAGUCAUGCUGCAGGUCUCCUGACUGGACGGUUUGCAAUCCCUGCUCUAGUACCUUUUGCAAUCCUGUGGCCCAUAUCCAUUCCCUGUAUUAGUGCUGUCUGUUAUGUGGAGGGAACAUCAGUGUCAAAUCCAAACCUUUCUUCCCUCCCAGUAAAACAAGUCAGCAGACUACACAGUUGCUCCCGUAUGUGGGAUGCACAAUUCAUGCUCUCCCUUAUGCUGCAGGAAACAAAAUACUACCACCACACCCAUUGGUGACCGAGUCCCAUCAUCUGCUUCAAUUGGCUCUUCCUUAGCUUGUCAGAAGCACUGUCACAGAGCUGUUUUUCCUGUGGGAGGGGAGUGUGCCUUCCCUGUCAGUUGCCUAUGGCCAGUUUCACAGCUAAGGCUUCUUUUGUCAUAGCCAUCUGUGUGCCUCUUGGCCUGGAAGUUGCAUGCUAAUGGAUGGGCCAUCAUGUUGCGCAAGCCUUUAAUCCCUCUCUGUGCCCAUCUCUGAAGCUGAUUUCUCUGUGACCUCUCAAUUGCAGACGCCCACUUACAAGCUCCCCUGAGCGGCCAGUGGCAGUGUGGGGCAUGGCAGCAGUGUGGCAGCAAGUGUUGGCUGUAGACGCACGGUAAGUGUAAAGGAGUAGGGCCCGCAGGGGUCUUGGGCAGUGCUUUGUGCUGCUGGGGUCUACCUGUGCUGGCGGAAGUAGUGUGCUUCUGCAUAUCAAUUGCUGGGAAUCACAAAUGAGGAGAGUGCAUCUGGUUGGUCGUUGUAAGAAAAGGAUGCUGAGCUAGAUGGCCCUUUGGUCUGAUCCUGCAGGGUUCCCCAUGUUAUUAUGGGAAGAGCAAGUCCAGAGAAGGAGCUAAAUCAGUCUUGUCUAAUUGUUCAGGGAGAUGGGUGUCUUGUGUGAGAAUUCUAGAUCCAUGUUUGGUGGGAACAUCAACAAUAGUUAUGAAUAUGCUUUCACAAUUACCCGUGGUAGUUUCUCCAGGUGAGUCAAUCAUUUUUGAUGCCAUACUUUCACUUAGUGCAGGAAUUACCAUAUUGGUCUGAAUAUAGGCUGCAUCCCGCUCUUCCCCAAACCAGGCCUGUAUAAAAUCAUGCUCUUAUAUGUAGAAAAGCUGUGAUUUUAAAAAAUCUCAUUUUAGGGGUGCUUCCUAUAUUGGGGGAGGCUUGUAUCCAGACCAAUAGGAUCAAACCUCCACUAAAGACAUGUCCUGCGAAAGGGUCAGUGUCUUGUGUCUUUGGACAACUAAGUUUUAGAAGCAAAAUAUCAAUAUUUUAGAGGUAGAUGGCGGUUGGGUGGGUUCCUCAAAUCCGACUUUCUACCAAAGGGAUUUUAUUUCCAGUUGUUGAAUGUUUUUCAUUUGGUGGCCUCAAAUAUAUUGCAUAAUGCCAUUAUAGUGUUAUCAGCUGGAGUACUGACCACAGCGUGGCAAUGCAAGAUACUGUGCUGCAGGGGAAUCUUGAAGGAGUUUCUCUCUGUUCAGUUGGCGCUAACCCCAGCACAAUGCUAAAGAGCAAAAGAGAGCAGGGUGAGCUGAAUUAGAAUGCGGCAGGCUCAGGCUUCCAGCAGCUGAUGCACCAACCCCUAUUUCAGGUACAACGCAUACCGCACCCCAACCUUCCCGCAAUUCCGCACACAGUACAUCCGCCGGCGCAGCCAGCUGCUGCGGGACAACGCCAAGGCCGGCUACGACCCCUCGCUCCGUAAGCAGUACCUGCGGCUGCGCAGCCAGCUCCUGGCCCAGCGCUACGGCCCCCUCUCAGAACAGAGCAGCUUCCGUGCCUACAGCAACAGCAUUGUCCGAAGCAGUCGUACCACACUUGACCGCAUGGAGGUAACCAAGGGCAGCCGGGGGGACGAAGAGACUAACACCAGCCCUGUGCAUUUGGCCUGGGACAUUAUGUAUUUAAAUGAAGCCUAUUCCAUUGGUGGGAAGAGGGCUAUAGUUUUGCCGAGGUCAGCACUUGCUCAGAGGAGAGAAUGAUUCCUUGCCAACACAGGAGCAUUUCAGCUCCCACUCCGUGCAGCACAGUAUUCUUGUCCAGUAGGAUCAGGGCUGUGUGUAAUCUGUCCCCCAGGGAAGCCAAAGCUAAACUAUGCAUGUGCCAUGGGCAUAGCCGGGGGGGGCAGGGAGGGGCAGCUCCCCCCUCCAGAUCAAGUAAAACAAUAGAAAUACUUAACUGACCAACCACAUUGGUUCUGCUCCCCCUAACAAAAAACUUGUCUAUGCCCAUGACAUGUGCAAUAGACAUACGCAGAGUAAAUUUGUAUAGAGCCGCUCACAUAAUUCCAAUCCCAAUAGUCAGAUUUUCAGAAAAUUUGGCAGAUUUGGGAAAACAGACAAGAAAAAUGGGAAUGUAGAGAGCAGAACAAGGUACGGGCACAGUUAAAGAGGUAUUCCUCCCUCUGCAAAGGUUCCAGAGCCUUCAUUAAAAGCCUCCCGACACAUUUUUAGUCAUCAGGAUUAGAAAAUAGACAAACAAAACAGAGGGAACAGAAGCACAGGUUAGAAAUCUGAGUCUUUUAUAAAGGCACUCUGCAACUUAAGUGCUGGCGUCCGUUUCCUCAUCUUCUCAUUGCUUCCUCUCUGGAAUCCCUGACCUUGCAGAUACGCCUGUCUCUGCUUCCUUCAGUAAUGCACCCAGCACAGUAUGUCAUCUAGCUCCUUGCUAUCUUCCAGUGUAACUACUUUAUGCAUUGUGCCACAGGAUUUUGAUGACGACCCAAGGGCACUGGGUGCCCGAGGCCACCGCCGCUCUGUCAGCCGAGGGUCCUACCAGCUGCAGGCGCAAAUGAACCGAGCUGUCUACGAUGAGAGGUAUAAGGCCUAUAGAUCUAAUCUGGGGCUAAUUUGGUGCAUGCCAAUUCUUUGACUUCCAAGUUUUUGUCAGAACCCUGGAUGCUGCUCUGACUCCAGUACAGGUAAAGCAGUCAGGACAAAAGCUCUAUGUUCCCAUACUGGUCUCCCCACCCCACCACCCAUUCCACUGGAAACAAGGUGUGCUUAUUUCAUAACAAUGUCUUGUGUCUUCCUUUAGACCCCCUGGCAGUGUUGUCCCCACUUCGGUGGCAGAGGCCAGCCGUGCAAUGGCUGGGGAUACCACCCUAAGUGAGAACUACGCCUUUGCUGGCAUGUACCAUAUAUUUGACCAGCACGUGGAUGAGGCUGGUGAGUAGAGCAGUCGCUAAGGUGUCAUGGAGUAACUACUGUCUCCUUGUUGUCUUUUGAUGUCACAUUGGUCAUAUGAACCAGGGUGACUAUGAAGAUUGCGUUUUGGAGAGAACUAUAUAGAAGAAGUGACACACCACACACCCCUGCAAAAAAACAACAACAGACGACUCCAGGACAAGUAGUGAGAUUAUUAUUCCUGCCUUCUUGAGGUAGAAGCGAGCAAAGGAAAGUGGAGGGUUGGAAAAGCCUUUACAGGCUGGUGUUGCUUCUUUUGCUGAUAAGCAUGCUUAAGUGCAGCUGUUAACUAUUAAGUAGCCCAACACAAAGCCUCCCUUCCCCCACAGCCUUCCUCAAAUGCUCCUUAGAGAGCUCUGUAAUUGUGUUGAUGCAAGAAGGGAAUCGUGUUCUGAGUGGUAUCUGGCAGAGAGAUAUUUGUAGCUGGAGUGCAUGGAAAUAAUUAAGAAUCCCUUAAAACUGUCAGCCUCUUAGAGGGUGGGUGCUGGUGCUGCUCUUGCCUUUGCUGUCAACAUCCGGCUAACAACCAUUUCCCCUUUUCUUCCCCAGUGCCCAAGGUUCAGUUUGCCAAUGAUGACAAACACCUAUUAGCCUGCUGUUCUCUGGACGGUACCAUUUCUGUGUGCCAGCUAGUGCCAACUCCCCCUGUGGUGCUGCGGGUGCUGAAGGGACAUAGCCGUGGUGUGUCAGACUUUGCCUGGUCCCUCUCCAACGACAUCAUUGUUUCCACUUCCCUUGAUGCCACUAUGCGCAUAUGGGCUACAGAGGAUGGCAAGUGCAUCCGGGAAAUUCCAGAUCCAGAUGCCUCUGAGCUGCUCUGCUGCACUUUCCAGCCCAUGAACAAUAAUCUCACGGUGGUGAGUGAAGGCCUAGGAUAUAGUGCCCCUGCCCACUUCCACCUGAGCGAAUAAACAAAGCACUGGGCCUUUCCCCUACAAGGGACAUGUGCUUGCAUACAGUUGAGGUUUCUUCCUUUCUCCCCACCCCCAAAUGAUGUAGGCAUGUAAUAAGUGGGCUGAAUCAAAAGAAAUGGGGACUGGAAUCAGUACUGCUGGGGGUGAAGCAAAGGCAGUCUGGUCACAAGUCAAAGGGACUUGGCACAGAUAAAAACAUAAACUUUCUCCUCUAGGUGUUUCAGGUCCAUAAUUAACCAAGAUGGUGGUGAGGGGAGAGUCUCUUGGGGGGUAAGAGAAAAGGAAGAGAGUGUGCCUGUUGCUCAUUCUUCUGCUCUGUAGAAUAGUAUGAAACUGACAUCUUUAUUUGUCCAUAAGGUGGGGAAUGGAAAGCACAACCUCCAUGUGGUGAACAUCUCAACAGGGAAAAAAGUGAAGGGUGGCUCAAGCAAGCUAACUGGCCGAGUGCUGUCUCUCUCCUUUGAUUCCCCUGGCCGUAUCCUCUGGGCAGGAGAUGACAAAGGCAGCAUAUUUUCUUUCCUCUUUGAUAUGGCAACAGGUGAGUGGAGUGGGAUGGGGAGCAUAGUAAGGACAAGGAUUAGCACAGAUUGGCUUCAAGCCUUCUGCUUCCUUCUUCCCCCCUGCAGGAAAACUGACCAAGGCAAAACGGCUGGUAGUUAACGAGGGCAGUUCUAUCACCAGUAUCUCGGCCCGCUCUUGGAUCAGCAGAGAAGCACGGGACCCCUCCCUCCUCAUCAAUGCAUGUAUUAACAAGCUGCUGCUAUAUAGGUGAGGGGCUUUCCAUGGCAUUGCCAUGCUGGAAGACAGACACUUGCUCUACUCAUAUGUGCAGAGUGCCAAUGAGCCCCACAUUAGAGGAUAGAUUAUGUGAUACAUGUUUGUGUAAUGCAGGUGCAGAGAAGCAGUUUGCUAUGAUUAAGCUAUUUAUCCAUUGUCUGUUCUUGGCUACUUUUUCCUGACAGGGUUGUGGACAACGAAGGGACACUCCAGCUUAAGAGAAGUUUCCAGAUACAGCAGAGCUCGCAUCCUGUCCGCAGCAUCUUCUGCCCCCUCAUGUCCUUCCGCCAGGGAGCUUGCAUUGGUAUGAUGCCCAUGAGAGUUCACUCUCAUUGUAAAGGGGAUGCUGGACAAGACAUUCUCACUUGGAAUUUCUUGCAGGUUGCCACUUCCUUGCCUGCAACUCUGCUCCUGCAUGCAGCUAAUCUGUAUGACACAUAAUUAUUGCAGAGCCUAGUCCCCUCACCCCACAAAAAACAAACAAACAGGGAAGCUUUUGUCCUCUCUAAUUACUUCUCUUUGUGCAUUUCAGUGACCGGCAGUGAGGAUAUGUGUGUCUACUUCUUUGACGUGGAGCGAGCUACCAAGGCUAUAGUCAACAAACUACAAGGUCAUAGUGCUGCUGUGCUGGAUGUCAGCUUUAACUGUGAUGAGAGCCUGUUGGCGUCCAGUGAUGCCAAAGGCAUGGUUAUUGUCUGGAAAAGAGAACAGAAGUAG